AAUUGCCACCAGUUCAUUGAGCCAGUUCCGCGCUGAACUACGCAGCUCGUUUAUUUGGUGCAGAAAGAAAACAACCUGAAUACGCACAUACAUAUGUGCAAAUAUAUAUAUGUAGGUAGUUCUGGCUGAACAAUUAACAGUCAUGUGGCAAUAGGCAACAUUAGCAUUCAGAACGAUUUAAGCAAUGUCACUGCGUGCUUUAAGGAAACGGGAUAACCAAUACAAUCAAGGUGCUGCCAGAGCAACGCUCUAUAAGAAAGCAAACAACAGUAACAGCAACAGCAACGGCAACAACAACAACAAAGUUAAAAAGCUAACGUCAGCUGGAAGCCUGUUGCGCCAACGUCAGCUGCUUGGACGUUCGACACAUUCCAAUCCAGAUCUAACGGCAUUUCAGAGGACCUGCACGAGUCACUUGUUGCGUCGUAAAUCGGAAAGUGAUGCCAAUCGGGUAGACUCGACUGGCCAAUCAACUAAACCGUUAACGGCUGCAAACGCUAAAUCCGAGAUUUGCCUGCAGCGCAUCAGUUCACAUAGCUACGAGACGGCGAACAGCAGGCCCUCAACAACAAUGCUAGGUGGAGCGCGUUCCCAUCGUGAUCUUUCUGUUGUCCAAUUGGAUGCGGAUCGUGCGCCGCGUCGCAUGAGCGAGUGCAGCAUGGGCUACAGUCAGGCGAGUGGCUCUUAUUCGCGACGCACUAGCUCCAUGUUUGCCAGCCAAAUGAUGCUGUCAUCGAGUGCAGCAGCUCCGGUCGAUCCCAAUGCUAUUUUGCGUGUGCCCAUCAUUGGUUACGAGGUGAUGGAGGAGCGGGCACGUUUCACGGUCUACAAGCUGCGCGUCGAGAAUCCCGAUACGAAUGACUUUUGGCUAGUCAUGCGACGGUAUACGGACUUUGUGCGCCUUAAUGGCAAGCUGAAGCAAGCCUUUCCGCAUGUAAAUCUAAUGCUGCCGCGAAAGAAGCUCUUCGGCGACAAUUUUAACGCCGUAUUUCUAGACAAUCGGGUGCAGGGCCUCCAGAUGUUUGUCAACUCAAUCAUGGCCAAAGAUCAGCUGCGCAAAUGUAAACUGGUGCGCGAGUUCUUUUGCCUGGACGAGCCACCCUCCUAUUCGGAGUCCAUGGAGGAGUGUCGAGCAAUCUUCGAAGCACAGGAAGAGACCAUUGCGCACUUGAAACUGCAAAUACAAAGCAAAAAUGAUCUCAUACUUGGCUUACAGCAGAAGCUGCGCGAGGAAAUGAUCGAAAAGGAGCAGAUCAAAGAGCAAUUUAAAAAUCUCAAUUUGGACUGUUCGCAUUGCUCUUCAGCAAAUGAAAGUUUGGCGCUAAAGUAAAUUUAGAAACCACUCAAACCAGGACAUGUGGAGUGUCCUUCCUGUGCGUGUGUGUACAAUAUUAUGCUGAGCAUAACUCUAGACACUCGCACGCCUUUAAAAUAUCUCCCCAAGUGCAUAUCAAGCAAUAAGCAAGGCUCACUAUAUAGACAACUAUAUAUAGUAUAUUUAAAGUGCUUUAGUAUACUACACUGUACAACAAGAAUUAAGUCUAAGGAGUGAAUUGAUGUGAUUUAGAUGAGUUUUUGGAAAGGUUAAAGUUGUCAAAUUUGGAUUUGCAUUUGGAUUUGGAUUAAAUACUAUUAUGCAGAAAAUCUUUGAAAACUUUUUAUGCGGCCUUUGAGUAUUUGUUUUUAAGACUUUUAACUAAUGCCCCAGGACAUCAUAAGAUAUUACAUGCUAAGUUUAAGGUGCAGGCUGAUAUUCUAAACCUAAUUGAAAGAUAUUACUAAGACGCAUUACAUUGUUAUUAAAGGCUCUAUAAUUCAAAAACUGAAGGUAAUUAAAAGAGCAAUAAUUAUAAAAGGAAAUUAGUUAAAAUUCCAUCAAUUCAUUUCAAUCAUAAUC